UAAGAUGGCCGCUCUCAGUCUUCUCCCUGUUGCAAAUAGCUUACAGAUUGAACACAUUACAAGUUAUCUCUCUUUUUUACUAAAAUCAAGAUGACAAAACGAACACUGUUCAGAAGUAUUAAAAUUCAAAAUUUUCACCAAUAUAAAUUUCAGCACUGACUUUUGCUUCCAUUUUUAUAUCAACAAACAAGCCUAAUGGAUCAAACAAGUUACUCCCAUACCAAGGAUCAGAGAUCCAGUGAUAAAAACUCUGUCCCUUAUACCUCAUGUUCAAGAACUGAAGAAGAGAUCCAGAGAAGAAGAGAAGAAUGGAAAUGUCAGCAAGAGUUAGAGAAGGAACAUGAGAGAUUAAAACAACAAAAAAUUGAAGAAUGGAGAAGAAAACGGGCCCAAGAGCUGGGUAAAAGAAGCUCUAGUGACUCUCCUCCUCAUCAUCAUACAGGAAGAUCUUCAACAAGUCAAUAUCUAUCUACUUUCAAAGAAAAAUCAAACAGAGAAAAACCCCUGUUCAAAGGUCCAGAUGGUGCACCCAUUAAUUCGACAGAGUUACGUCAAAUUAAAGUUAAUAUUCGCAGAAACAUCCCUAUUCCUGAAAUAAAACGAGACAUACCUAAUAUUGAUGAUGUGAUUAUCUGGAGAAGAGAUGGAGAAGGAUCUAAAUCAAUAUUUGAUAGAACGGAAAUAAAGCAGGGAAUUAUUAAAGGCGAUGAAGAGAAAGAACACCAUACCGUUAUGACAAUAAAAGAUCAGUCAGGUUCUACCAAAUCACGAGCAUCAAGAAAGCGAUCUCUUUCACCGAGUUCAAGUAGGAUUCGUUACAGUCCCCAAUCUCAAUCUUACAGUCACUCCAGGUCAUUUAUAGAAGUUACAUAUUGUAAUGAUAGAUAUCGUGAGAAAUCACGCGAACGUUCUCGUGAAAGCAGAGAUACAGAAAGAAGCAGAGAUAGAGACAGAGACAGAGACAGAGACAGAGACAGAAUCAGAGAUAGAGAUAGAGAUAGAGAUAGAGAUAGGGACAGGGACAGGGAUAGGGAUAGGGAUAGGGAUAGAGAAAGAGAGAGAGAUAGAGACAGAGACAGAGAUCGGGACAGAGAUAGAUACAUUGAACGGAGAGAUGUAGAAAAUUACACCGGACCACUACAACUGUAUUCAGCAGAUUCUCUUCAUCCCUACAACUUUCCGAGACCAAUUAUUCCUAUAGUGGGCCCUAUGGUUCCACUACCAAGAGGAUUUAGACAAGUUUCUCCUUUAGGAAGAAUUCGAUAUCCUCCUCCAGUAGGACCGAUCAGACUACCAUAUCCUGGUCCGACUAUGUAUAGAUAUCGUGCUCCAUAUACAAAGUAAUCUAAAUGUAAUGUAAGUGUAAGGAUUUUCUUUGUGUGCUAUUUUGUUUGUAUGCAUCAUCCUUAUACAGGUGAUUUGAAAACUUUCAAAUUGUGUAGCUGAUUGAUUCUAUCAUGUUUUAAUUUAAAUUAAGAUUGAGAAAGUAAACAAUUGAGAUAUUUAUUGAUUGUUCGGUUUUGCUGUACGCUUUGUUAUUUUAUGAUAUAAAAAUAUAUAAUAUAUAUACAUGUGCGAAUAUAUACAGGGUGUAAUUACUCCUUUAUCAUAU